AAACUAACCAACAGUGAUAAUGUCAUUCUUGUUUGUUUUUUUUAUUUCUCUUGCUGAUAUUGCGGCAGCAGCUGAUAGCAGCAUUAAGCCCGACAAAACCAGUGUCUUUUCAACUGAAGGCAGUAACACCACACUGUCCUGCACAUAUUCAGGAUCAGUGGACUAUCUCCACUGGUAUCAACAAAAGCCUGGAUCAAGACCUGUGUUUCUGCUGCUGAUUGAUAAAGACACUGGACGUGUCACACCAGCUGUCCCACCUCUUUCACAAUUUUCUGUGACAGUUGAUAAAAUCAAUACAAAAGUGGAUCUGAACAUCUCCUCUGCUGCGGUGUCAGACUCUGCACUGUACUACUGCGCUCUGAGGCCCACAGUGACAGAAAACACAACUACAUUGUACAAAAAGCCCAAUAUAAAGCAUGAAGCAGAGUCAUACUUUUCUCACAAGAUGGAGCUAUUUCAACAUUUAUUUCUUCAUUCAUUUACUUUGAAUUUCAACCAUCGAACUAGGACAUGUGAAAAAAUUUCUCAUCAAUACAGGUAUAAAACCGAUCCAUUCAAGCACAGUACAGUGAUGAGACUCUUAGCUGUAGUAAAACAUGUGAAUAGUGUAAACAUUUUAAUUGAAGGACAGAUUGUGACACGGCGGCAUGGUGGUCUAUUGGUUAGCACUGUUGCCUUGUACCUCCAGGGUCCCGUUUCUGUGUGCAUGGAGUUUGCAUGUUCUCCCCGUCCUUGUGAGUUAACUCCGGGUACUCUGGUUUCCCCCCACAGUUUAAAAACAUGCAGGUUGGGCUAA